AUGGCUUCAGACAUCAAGACAGUAUCGAGCUCCGGGACUUCUGAUCCCUUGCCGUCGGACUCAGCCUCACAGCCCGAAACCUCGACGUCACAUCCAGCUUCAAUGCCAACUCCAGCCUCAACCUCCAACACCACCUCGGAAACACAGCACCAGCACCGAGACCCCCCUUCGCUCUAUCAAGGGCUAAGCGCCAACUUUGCACAUGACCCCAAGACACCUUUUACCGUAAACUAUGAUCAAGAGGUCUAUCUGCAGUUGAUGGCCGGCGAAGAUGGGGCUAGAGCAGGAGAAGGAGCGGAUGCAAAGAGGAAGUUAAGCAAGACGCCGACACAGAUAUAUCGAGAGGAAUGGGUUCGGCGUGCUUUGAACCCUGCUAUUUCGGACCCACGGGGAGAUCCGAGUCCGAAUGAUUUCGAGUGUGCGGAGAGCCAAAGGGAAAGGGAUAGGUUCUAG